AUGUCAAUCUAUUUCAUCUGUAUUUAUAAUGAUGUUUCAUUAGGAUGUUCUAGGUGGCAUCUGUCAGCUUAAUCACAUGAAAACUGUUUCUGCAUAAUAAAAUUCUUUAAUGUUCCAACUGAACCUUGGAGUCAGUUUGCUAAUUUUUAUAUUAGCAAGUUAUUGGCUAAAAAAAUUGUAUUUUUUUUCCCUCAUCAAGCUUAGAGAUUCAUGGAAUUCAAGCCAAAAAAGGCAAUUGUGAUCCUGUAGUUUAAUCUCCUAUAUAACACAGGCUGUAGAACUUCCCCAAAAUAAUUCCUAGAGCAGAUCUUUUAGAAAAAUAUCCAAUCUUGAUUUUAAAAUUAUCAGUGAAGGAGAAUCCACCACAACCCCUGGUUAAAUUGUUCCAAUAAUUAAUUGCUCCCAAUGUUAAAAAUAAAAAUAAAAAAUUCUGCCUUUUUUUCCAUUUUGAAUUUGUCAGGCUUCAACUUCCAACCAUUGGAUUGUGUUAUGCCUUUCUCUGCUAGAUUGAAGAGCCCAUUAUUAAAUGUUUGUUCCUCUUGUAUAAACUUCAAUCAAGUGACCCCUUAAUCUUCUCUUUGUUAAACUCUAGGUUGAGCUCCUUUAGUCUAUCACUGUAAAGCAUGUUUUGUAAUCCUUUAAUCAUUUUCAUGGCUCCUCUCUAAACCCUCUCCAAUUUAUCCACAUCCUUGUUGAAUUGUGAACACCAGAACUGGACACAGUAUUCCAGCCGCGGUCGCACCAGUGCCGAAUACAGAGUAUAGGGUGACGGUAGGAGAUGUCUGGAGUCCAGCAUUCUCCUGGGGUAUCCAUAAGCAACACUGCAGCAUUAUGCCUGGUGAUUGAGAACUGGAGAGUGAAAGUGACUAGUUCACAUGCAUUAUGCAAGAGGUGCUUGAAACAGUGGACUUUGUAGCUCCUGACGAAAGAGUUGUUUUCAGAACGUGUGAGAGAGAGAGAGAUUGUGUUGUCUUUCAAAUGGGAUCAGCAGAUGCUGAGAGAGCCUUGGCUGUAGCCAAGCUUGUAGAGAAUGAUGUAGCUGGGAUUGAUGUCAACAUGGGCUGUCCAAAAGAAUAUUCAACUAAGGCAGGUAUGGGAGCAGCGCUGCUGUCUGAUCCUGACAAAAUUGAGUGUAUUCUGAGUACCUUGGUAAAAGGAAUUUGUAAACCAGUGACCUGCAAAAUCCGGAUCUUGCCUUCACUUGAAGACACUAUAAGCCUGGUGAAGAGGAUAGAAAAGAGUGGUGUUGCUGCCAUUGCAGUCCAUGGAAGGAAAAAGGAGGAGAGGCCUCAACAUCCUGUCCACUGUGAAGUGAUCAAAGCCAUCUCUGAGGCAGUCUCUGUUCCUGUAAUAGCAAAUGGAGGAUCUCAUGACUUCAUCAAAGAAUAUACUGACAUUGAAGCCUUCCAACAAGCAGCAGGUGCUUCAUCAGUAAUGAUAGCUCGUGCUGCCAUGUGGAACCCAUCCAUCUUCAGAAGAGAAGGCCUUUGUCCCUUGAAGGAAGUCAUGCAAGAAUACAUCAAAUAUGCAGUGAGAUAUGAUAAUCACUAUACCAACACAAAGUACUGUCUAUGUCAGAUGUUAAGAGAACAGUUAGAAACCACAGAGGGAAAGAAACUGCAUGCUGCACAGUCGACUCAAGAAAUCUGUGAAGUCUUUGAAAUGGGCAGUUUCUAUGAAGAAACCACAGCUAUUCUGGAAGCUAAGGCAUCAUUAAAGGCCAAGACACAAGAUAAAGAUGAGCAGAUGGAAGACACAGAUGUGAUAAAAAUGGCUGUUAGAUUUGACAAGCGAGAAUAUCCACCACAGAUUACUCCAAAAAUGUAUCUUUUGGAAUGGUGUAGGAAGGCGAAACACCCACAACCUGUUUAUGAAACCGUUCAAAGACCAUUAGAUAAAUUAUUCUGUUCAGUUGUCACAGUAGCUGAACAAAAAUAUAGAUCAACCUUAUGGGACAAGUCAAAGAAACUAGCAGAACAGGCUGCAGCUAUAGUCUGUCUUAGGACUCUGGGUCUCCCAGAGGGGAAGCUUCACGAGGGAGAAAACCAUCUGAUUAACAAACGCAAGAGAGAGAACCAGGAGUUCCUGAACAACAAAGAACAUGAAGAUGACCUACUUGUUGAGACUUCACAUAAAAGAGCUCAUUUUACUGAGGGAGCUUCUGACUCCAGCUCUUCUGAGGUGCCACUAUAGCAUGAAAAGCAAACAUUCCACAACUGUGCAGCUGCCAAUUCACUCACUUUUUCUUGUAUAUCCUGCUAUUAUAUUUCAUCUAGACUCUAUCAGUCGGAGACGGGUAAACUGUACUGUACUGGGUAAAUGUUUUUUGCUUUGGUGCCUUUCAGACAGAAUAAAUUAGCAGCCUGCGUUUUAAAUAAGAAUGAGAAGAAGAUCCCAAAAUUAAAUUCUGUUUCAAUAGCAAACUAUUUUCAGUUUAGCGUUUGAAGUGUUGAGGUUUUUGUUUAAUAUAAUUUAUAUGUAGAAAAAAGAGUUUUAAAUGCACACGAGAGAGGUUCUUAAUAGAUUGUUUCCAACUGUUGGAGUUUUGGUGUAGUUUCCAUUAACAGGGAUAAGUAUGUUAGAAGUUGUCAGCUCUUGUCUGAAAAUACCUGUAACAAAGUUAUAGCAGGUUGUGUCAUGAUCCCUAAAGUAUUUUAUAUAAAGAAGAUAUUCAAAACAUAAUUCAUUGUUGAUUAACUAAAUCAAAGUGGCUUCCCUAUUUAAAAAUAAUAUACACCUUGAUUUUAAAUGGAAGCGGCUUUGCUAAACCAUUGUUUUUUUUAAUGGAACAGCAAUAUCUAAUUGGGAUUACGUUUAGAGUUUUUUAAUUAAAAAGAUGUACAUGCAUAUUUAAAGUGACUGCUACUCAAAUCUCCGAAUAUUUAAUAAAUCCGCAGUUUGCAUUUAACUAAAAAAUAA